GAUGGUGUUUGGCUGUAGAGGAGAGGCGGUUGUCUUGUUAACUAUACAAGGGUUACUGUCAUCUGAAAUAAUUAUUUAGUUUUUAUUAACUUCAGGAUUUUACACUCGUAUGACUGAUGCCAAAUGGAAAAUCAGCGAUUUUACUCAGGGCAGGUGGGAGGCUGAGGAGCCUGGCCGUGCUGUGCAGGGCUGUCACGCCGGCUUGGUGCGUUCCCCAGUCGUGUUCCCCAACAAAGAGGUACCACAGUGAAAAUUAGCCAUCGCUGUUCAUCCCUGUUCAGAAGAUUGGCCACAGUGCUACUGAUGGCAGAUAAUAUCCCAUCGGGGCUGUUGGAGGCUUGUGUGGUUGUUGGAGCGUCUACCGAUUGUCUCAGGGAGCUAUGCCAGGGCAAAGAGAAAGCGUCCUCCCUCUUGGAGGCUGAGGUGUUGCAGGUCCACGCUCCUCCGUUUGUGGCUGAAGAAAGUGUCACUGAUGGUCAUGCCCCAGCCUUCAGCAGAGCCCAGAAAAGACGCUCCUUUUUGAAGAAGAAGAAGGAGAGACCUGCAGUGUCCGGCAAGAACGGGACCAAGAACAACAAUCCCGACAUCCACAUUGCAGAUGAUCUUAGCGUCCCUAAAGACAUCGAUCUCAUUGCUCUGCCCCAGCUCUGUUUCCCAGGUGGGCUGAGAGUAGCCAGUGAGAAUCAAGAAGACUCUUAUCACUUUCUGGUCUUCACGGAUGUAUUUGGAAACCAGACACAUGGCGUGGUGGUUCAGCAUUAUAAACCCAUACAGUUUUCCCUGGAUAUUGUUGCAUAUCAAAAUGGCCACCGUUCUUCCAAAGCACCACGUCUGUACACCCCCUUUGGAAUUUGUGUCAUCUCUAAAUACCCUUACUACAAUGCCCUCAGAGACUGCCUGUCCUCUUUCCUAGUUCAGCUGAAGACGUGCCGGAUGUCUGACUUUGAUGAGCAAGUAAAGGAAUUCUCUGCCAAACUGGCACUCGUACCCAUCCCACCACCUGGCCACCUGCAAGUGGCAUUCCGUUUGAAACCCCUGCAGAUCGUGCUUCCCCCUAGAGAGGACAUGGACUGGCCUGUCGUAGACCUGGACCUCCAUCUGCCCUUCCUGUGCUUUAGGCCAGAGCAGAUCUUACAGGUGAUCAGCAGCAUACUGACGGAGCAGAAGGUGGUGUUCCUCUCAUCGGACUGGGCCCGGCUCACGCUGGUGGCUGAGUGCUUCAUGCUGUACAUCCGGCCGUUACGUUGGCAGCAUCCAUUUGUGCCCGUCCUUUCCCAUGAGAUGCUGGACUUCCUCAUGGCUCCCACCGCCUACCUCAUGGGCUGCCACCUUGACCACCUCACGGAGGUGGUGGAAGAGAUUGAGGACCUGGUCCUAAUAGACAUUGACGAUGGAACAGUCACAUCAUCAUGUGCAGCAGGACUGCCAGAGAUGCCUGUGACUGCAUCGCUUUGUUUUAAAAGACAGGUGGAAGGCCUGCAGCUCCACUACGACCUGGAGAUGUGCCGACAGGGCAGCUCCAAUGACCUGUGGGAGCUACGGGCACACAGGAGGCAGUGGCAACAAAAGCUCAACUCUGACAUACUCAGUGUUACCCUCGAGCUCAUCGUCAACAUCUUCAGAGAUGUCCAUAAUCACCUGAACUACGAGCACAGAGUUUUCAACAAUGAGGAGUAUCUCAAGUCCCAAGAGCCAACAGAUCAGCAGUUUUACCAGAAGGUUUUAGAGACCCACAUCUUUCAUUCCUUCUUACGGGACCGUUUGAAUAGGAAGAUGGACACCUUCACACGCAUGGAGAUCAAAACUCGGCCAGAAGCUUACAGGUUGAGGACCAUGUCUGAUGCUCCACGGAGGCCUACCAUGCAGGAGAUGGCACGCAAGCGCAUGAGUCCGGACAUCCGGCUGAGGCUGGGCAUGAGCCUGCCCAACCUCCUGGAAGACCGCCCCUUCCUGGCUGGCCCUUUCCACCAUCUGUCCUUCAAAAAGAAUCCUCUGCUAAACGACAAGAGCAUCACAUGCAGGCCAGAUUUCAGGCUUCCCGCAAGGCCAGUAAAAACAUUCAAACUGCCGGAAUUCCCUCCACCGCUGGCUUAUCACUAUGUUCAGAACUACUACUGCGAGCUCAUUGGACUUCUGAGCAAGGCCAUCGAUGUGGCGACGCCAGACGACUCCGCCCUGCUGGCCCGCUACUACUACCUCCGCGGCCUGGUGAAUUCGGUUACUGGGAAACGGUUGGAGGCACUGACCGACUUCCAGAGCCUUCACAGGACGGACAUGGACGUGUUCCCUGCCGAUAUGGUGGCGUCACUGGUGGCUUCGCUCCAGCCGGACGAGCGGGUGGUGGCGAUGCAGCGGCCCGAACUGAAGCGGCUGAUCAGUCAGGCGCAGCGGAGCAGCGGUGGGCAGGCACAGCCGAACGACGACGACGACUCGGUGAAGAGGUUCGAGCUGCCGCGUACGCACAUGCACCUGGAAGACUUUGUGCGCCGUGUCCAGGAGUCGGGCAUGGCCAAGGACACCAGCACCAUCCGGCGCCUGUUUGAUGCUCUAACCGUAGGUUUGGAACCUGCCGUGAAGGUCUUAGCCCACUCUGUUUUUUACCACGAUUCAUCUCCAGAUGGUCAGCAGAAGCAGGUGGACCCUGAGGUCUUCCGCAUCUUCUACACCAUCUGGAAGGAGACAGAGGCAGUGGCGCAGGAGGUGGACCUGCCGGCAGCCGUGCUUGAGCGGCUGGAGCCCAACGAGUGUGUCUACAAGCUCUCGUCAUCUGUGAAGACUAGUCACGGUGUGGGCAAGAUUGCCUUGACCCAGCGGCGCCUCUUCCUGCUCACCGAGGGACGCCCGGGUUAUGUCGAUGUCACCUGGUUCCGAGACAUUGAGGAAGUGAAGAUCUCCUCUGCACCUUUGCUGUUGAUGAGGAUUCCCUCUCUGAAGAUCAAGACCAGGCCGAGGAGGGAGACGUUCGAGGCGAACCUGAAAACCGAAUGCGAGCUGUGGCACCUGAUGAUCAAGGAGAUGUGGGCAGGGAGAAAAAUGGCAGACGAACACAAGGACCCUCAGUACAUGCAACAGGCCCUAACAAAUGCCCUGCUGAUGGACGCUGUGGUUGGCUGCCUCCAAUCUCAGAAGGCUAUUUAUGCUGCUUCAAAACUGGCACACUUUGACAAGAUGAAGCGGGAAGUGCCGAUAAUGGUCCCCAAAACUACCUCUGAGACCCUGAAGCAUAAGAUCAACCCCUGCCUGGACCUGACCUCCCCCCAAGCCGUGGAUAUCCUCUUCUAUACUCCAGGACAGCUGGGCAUGGCCUCCGCGGCAGCCGGAGGCGGACACCCGAAACUCUGGUGCGCUCUGAGCGACGGGACGGUGGUGGUGUUUGAUGCCGCCACCUGGUCCAUACAGCAAAACUGCAUUCGUGUUGGGUCCUCGCGCCUGAAUUGCAUGCUGGGAGUGGAGGAGCAGCAGUUAUGGAUUGGCUCUCAGGACUCUAUCAUUUACAUAAUCAACACCCACAGUAUGUCCUGCAAUAAACAGCUAAGGGAGCACCGUGCUGAGGUCACCAGCCUCGCCUUGGAAGAUAGGUCUGAUAAAUAUAGCCAUGUGGUGGCGUACUCGAGCAGUGCAGAGGGCACAGUGAUCGUGUGGGACGUGGCUACACUGCAGGUGAGACGCCACUUCAGACUGGCGUGCGACAGACUGCACUCCAUUCAGCUCCUCGACGGGAGGCUAUGGUGCUGCGCACAGGACAGCGUGAUGGAGGUGCGUCGAAAUGGCACAGUGCACCGCAGGAUGGCCCUCCCAGAUCACCUGCGGGUCUGCCCCAGCUCCUACACCAGCUUCCUGGUGCUUAAUGAGAGGGAGCAGGUGUGGACAGGCUGUGCGGGAGAAAGCGAGCUGUGCGUGUGGCACCUUGGUGACCUGAGCAGGCCCUUCAACAGGAUCCAGCUGCCUGAAUCCUCAGGCGUCAUUUGCAUGAUCAGGGUCAAGAACCAGAUCUGGGUGGGUUGCAACGGCCCUGGCGGGGGGAAGUCUCGUGGGAAGAUCUACGUGGUAGACACAGAGCGCCACCGAGUGGAAAAGGAGCUGAUGGCUCAUUCAGACUCUGUUCAGACUCUGUGCUCGGCUGAAGACCGAUACGUCCUCAGCGGUGCAGCUGGUCAGGAUGGAAAGAUCGCUAUCUGGAAAGUAGAAUAGCAGAAAAGAGUGGAAAAUGCGAGCUCAGACUUCUGGAAGUAACACGGGGCCCUUGCUGCCUAACCACACAAACAGACAUAAGGACAUUGUGGGUAAAUGAAUAUGCUUCACUAACAGCAUAUUGCCUAAUUAUGCAUAUUGCAUAAUUGCUUAAUUGCUUCUCCUAACAGAUGCUCCAAGCAGAGGAGCCAAGGAAAAAUCUAAAGUAGUAAUGUGAAGGAUGAUGGUGCUUCUAAUCACCAUUGUCCCUUAAAAAAUACAUGAAGGGGUUGAUAUGAAGGACAUGCAUUUUUUCUACUGCAAUUUGAAGUCAGCCUGUUUUUACAACAGAAACAACUCCUUCCCCUGUACUGUGCUAGUAUCUUGUGAUGGUAUCAGUAUUUACAUAAACUUGGCCACAUGUCCAAUAGUUGAAGGGCAGUUUUUGCAUCAUUAUAUUUACUGUUUGAAUAGAAUUUGGCCUUUGGUUUAUAGAAAUAGACCUAUAAAGUGCCAUGUUUUUGGUAACUCGAUUUAUUUUAGUUAUUGCACACAUUUUAAUGACUUUUGUUUUAGUAGCCACAGCUUUUGCAGCAUUGUAUUUAGGUUUUUAUAUGCACACACUUGUACAUUACCAUUUGGAAGGUUUGAUACCAUAUAAAAGAUUUUUUUCCUCA